ACUUGUUUCGAUUCGCUUGAAAAUAAGUCUAAAAAAUAGGUAGUUACGCCACGUCACCGAAGAUAGGAAAAAUUCUCGGGAAAAUUUAGAACGAAUUAGAGCGCCCAGAUAAGUAUAUUUGCUGUAUUAAAUCAUCGCGUCGAAACGGUAAUAAUUCAUGAUUAUUUUUUAUACAUUUCCAGGCUACGACUGUUACGGAUCGUUUAGUACGACGAGAAGCGUCUUGGAUCCCUUAAGCGAGGUGUUCAAGAUCAGCUCGUCGAUAGACUACGUGAACUGGAUCAACAAGGAGAACUUUGAAGUUCCAUCUUCCCUUCAAGAAGACAAUGACGUAACCAAAAAGCACCCCACAGACCCCGCACUGCGUUUCGUCAACAGCAUCGAGAAAAGAACGAAGAGAAUAACGCGAACAAUCCCUCUGGAGUGCGACCACUGCCAUCGCAAAUUCCUGAAGAAGAGCAACUUAGCCGAGCACCUGAAGAAGCACAGACACAAGUGCCCCGACUGCCCCAGGACUUUCAGGCUACGUCGAUACCUGACCACCCACUUCGAGAAGAUCCAUCGACUCCAGGUGUACGACUGCAGCGUGUGCGACUACAAGAGCAACAACAAGGGCACCCUGAAGAACCACUACAUAAGACUCCACACCAACAAUUACAAUUUCUCAUGCGACGUGUGCGGAAAGCAGUUCAAGAUCAAGAAGGCUCUGAACCAUCACGUUAAACAAAACCACAGCGACGCGCCGCCGAUCGUCUGCGACGUUUGCGGCCACUUCAGCAAGAAUCUUCACGCCCUGAAGGCUCACAUGAAGUACAGGCACUACAAGCCGGAGUUUAUCUGCAGAAUCUGCAGACGGGGUAUGACCACGCAGGAGAACUUGGAGCAACACUUGACGUGGCACGAGACCAGAGAGAAGGUGCUAUGUCCGACAUGCGGGAAGAGGUUUCGAGGACGCGAUCUCGACUCCCAUAUGCGGGUUCACACGGGGGUCAAGCCCUUCCCGUGCCCGGUCUGCGGCAAGUCGUUCAGAAGGCAGACUGCUCAGGAGCAACACGUUCUCAUACACACGGGAAAGAGGCCGUACGUCUGCGACAUAUGUGGACAGGCGUUCGCGCAGAAGCCAGGAUUGAUUUGUCAUAGGAAACGGCACCCUGGACCACUCCCGCCCCUACCUGUUGUGUCCAUCAAGAACAUCGUCACGGAGUUCACUAAGGAGUACACUAUGAAGAAUACGAUGAUUAAAAUGGAGUGAACUAGAGGAGUUUAUGGAUCGGAGAUAGGGGCGAACUCUGAUGAGGGGCUAUUUGGGAGACCGAAAAGUAAUGUCAUUUCUUUUACAUUAAGUUCAAACGAAUACAUUCUUAACAAGUUUCUAUUUUUUAUGAAUUAUGUAAUCCCACUCGUCAUCAACGGCCUUUUGUCAUAUAGCGUGCAAAUUUUCAAUGGCAGGACGAUAAAAAUCAAUGAUGAGUGAUGAACGAGUAUUGACAUUCGCAAAAAUGACAUUACUUUAUAGUCCACCUAAUAUUUGGGAUAUGAUCACGCGCUGUGGUAGUUUUGACGAAACUGGUCAGGGUUGUAGAACAGACAAAAAUAAGAGACAUUUGUUCUUUUUUUAGCUGUUGUAAUCUGAAGUAAAGUUGCCUUUUGACGGGUAUUGUAACUCAGGUCGGAGGAUUAAAACUACCCCCUAAAGUUUUAGUCGUCUGAUGAUAUGUUGAAGACUACUGGAAGACUACUUUUUUAUACAAGUACUAUACGUAAACGUGACUUCGUUGACAAUUCAAGCAACAAAGAGUUCUCCAGAAGGGACUCUAGGAUUUUAUUUUUUUAAUCAAAAGCAGAUGACAUGCAACAUACUCGAUUCACUUAUUCUAAAUUAAUGUACACAUGAUUACAAUUAAAUGUGAAUGAUGGCGUCGUUUAUCCACUGCACUGAUAAAAAACAAAAUUUU